AAUUCUUGAUCAGGGAUUUUGCGGGAAAAGAAUCAUUUGACUUUGUUAACCAAGUAACUGAAAUGCCGGUUACUAAAAAACCUUUGCGUUUUAGUCAUUGUGAGGGUCACACUGAUCUUUGCUACAGUGAUUCUGGGAGAUAUAUUUUGACAUGUGGUGCAGAUGGAGAUGUGAGGAUCUUAGAUGGUGUUGAGGAUGAUGAUCCUCAGUCACACAGAAUAGGAGACAAGGUCUACUCCUUGGCAUAUAUGAAUGAUCACUUCUACACAGCGUCAGACGACAACUGUGUUCAGGUCCACACAUUCCCAGAGGGCGCCCCUGAUGGCAUAGUGACGCGGUUUACCUCUCCUGCCACUCACAUGUGCUUCAACAAAACAGGGACCCACAUGCUGGUGGGGGCAAGUGACUUCUCUAUCAAGUUGGUGGAACUGAAGUCCAGCAGCCAGAAAGUGUUCCUGGGCCAUAACGCCCCUGUUCUGAGCAUUGCACUAGAUUGCAAAGAAGAAUAUGUGGCCUCCGCCAGCUGUGAUGGGACUGUCAAAGUCUGGAAAGUGGCUGAUCAGUCCUGUGUUAAGACUUUCACUAUCUUGCCCAAGGCCAAUGAUAUAAGUUCUGCGAAAACCCUGUGCCGUCUCACCUGGCAUCCCAAGAACGGCAAGUUAAUUGUCCCCGUUGAUAAAGAAGUGCGUGUGUAUGAAAGGAACACAUGGGAGCUGUCGUAUACACUCAAGGAUGAUACCAUAAAAGAGUUGGUCUCCAUCACAGUGUUCUCUCCAUGUGGGAACUACCUGGCUGUGAGUUGUAUUGAUGGCUGGGUGCUCAUCUUUGAUUUUAAGCUUGGCGUCUGUGUAGAAAGAGUUCAACAUGACAAGAAGCUGACUAUAAGUGCUCUAGCAUGGAAUCCUAAAGGAAAUAAGGAGAUAGCAUUUUGUGAUAACCAGGGAAACCUUGGGGUGUUGGAGAAUGUUAUACCUGAAGAUGGGGCAAGUGCAAAUAAGGCUGCUCCUGUUGUAACUGGAGAUCAAUUCAAUGAACUUUUUGAUGAUGGUGAUGAUGACAUGCUCAUCCAAGCCACCAAUCAGGGCAGUUCUACUCCUGUCCACACCGUAGCAGCUUUUGACGAUGAUGAUAAUGACAGUGAAAUUGACAUUGGGAAAAUCAAGGCUAGAUACAACAUUGGGGAUGAUAUGGAAUCUCAAGAUGGAGAUUCUGUCAAACCCUCGGCAGACGGAGAUGCAGAGAGUGUGCGUAGUGGACGUCCUGCGGCCCCCCUCCAGCCCCAGCCCUCUGGCCCCAGACCCACACCCCUCCAGAGACCAUUCCAGCCAGGGUCCACACCCGUACAUCUGUCUCAGAGAUUCAUGGUGUGGAACUCCGUGGGAAUCAUAAAACAGUACAAUACAGAAGAAGAGAACUCCUUGGAUGUAGAAUUCCAUGACACUUCAGUUCAUCACGCCAUGCACCUGGAGAACACCAUGAACUUUACAAUGGCGGACAUGUCUACGGAGGCGGUAGUACUGGCCUGUGAGAGUGGAGAAGAGAACACAAGCACCCUGAUGUGCCUGCACUUUAGUUCUUGGGACAACAACAAGGACUGGACACUGCCAAUGCCCAAAGGAGAAGAGAUACAGGCUGUCACAGUGGGAGAGGGAUGGAUAGCUGCUGCCACAGACAAGCGUAAUGUCCGCAUCGUGUCAGUUGGAGGAGUACAGCAGGAGAUCUUCAGUGUUCCAGGCCCUGUAGUGACCAUGGCAGGCCACAGCCACCAACUCAUGGUGGUCUAUCACAUGGGGACAGGUGUGCCAGGGGACCAGUAUUUAGGAGUGAAGCUGAUGUACGUGAGAGGGAAGAAGAAAUGUGUCAUUCCUGGGGAACAUCUGCCCUUGUCACCCAAAGCUACACUCAGCUGGCUGGGCUUUUCUGCAGAGGGCAGUCCAUUUGCUGUGGACUCCAGUGGCAUUGUGAGAAUGUUAAACAGACGAUUUGGCUCAACUUGGAUGCCAGUGGCAAACCUUAGGUCUCAUGCAAAGGGGAAAUCUGAUAACUUCUGGAUGGUUGGUGUAUGUGAAAACCCAGAGCAAAUAAGAUGUGUACCGUGCAAGGGUUCUGUCUAUCCCCCCACCCUUCCCCGGCCUGCCGUCACCAUUCUGCCCUUCCAACUGCCUUUCUGUGAACUCACCACUGAGAAAGGACAGUUUGAGGAGAAGCACUGGCGUAACCACAUCCUGACUGGUCACUAUGACUUCUGGCGGAGUAUAGGGUGGGAGGUGGAGGAGGGGGACAUGGAACAGGCCAGGAAACCCAUGACUGAGGCUUUGAUGCAACUGUUUGCUUUGUCUUGCAAAGCUGACAGAGAGUUCAGAGCCAUAGAACUGUGUGAGAUGAUGCCCAGUCAGCAUGCUGUCCAGUUGGCCAUUAAGUAUGCUAGUCGUAUGAAGAGAAUACAGUUGGCAGAAAAGAUCAGUGAUGUGGCACGGCAGAAGGCUGAGGAAGAGGCAGCAAGACUGCAGCAGGACAUGGAAGAGGAGGAAGAGGAAGAGCCACACUUUAGAAGUGUUUUGAGGCCAGCCCGUAACAAGACCACCACAGAAUGGUCGGAUAGAACUGAACAAGAUGAAGAGGAAGACAUGGAACAAGAGGAUGCAGAGGAGGAAGAAGAAGAGACACACAGUUCAGGGCCAAUGCUACAUUUAAAUCAGAAAAAAGAAAUGAAAACAAAAGCAACAAUACAGCUAAGUGGAACAAGGAAAAAUCCUUUCAAGUCAAACACCAAAACAACCCCCACAUCAGCGAGAGGAACAAGUGUGUUUGAUGACAUGAAGAAACAGCAAAAGUCUUCCAAGAGCCCUGUUGGAUUAAGCACUGAACAGAAGACACAAAAGAAAAAGGGUCCUAUGCAGAUGAAACUUUUCCAAUCCAAGAAAGGAAAGGAAGAAUCAGAAACACAACAAGCUCAAACUCCAGAAACUCCAAAUAAUAAAAAGCGAGCCAACCCCUUCCAGCUGUGGCUAGAAGAAAACAAGAGCAGACUAGAGGAUGAGAAUCCAGGUUUGGAGGAGGCAGACUUCACUGUAAUAGCCACCACAGAGUAUGCCAGUCUGCCCAGAGAAGAAAAGAAGAAAUGGAUGGAAAAGGCAAAAGCAGCAUCUACUCCAGCCACACCUAGCACUCCAACCUCAGCACCAACCACUAACGCAGAAGACACUCCAACCUCAGGGACAGACAAAAAGAAGAGAAAAAGAGACGAAAUGGAUGAAAAUGACCAAAAUGAAACAACAGAGUCCAGCAAAAUAAAGAAUAAAAUGGACAAUCUACCAAAGAAGAAAAAGCCAUUGUCGCAAAGCACCAAUUGUAAACUGGCUGCCUUCAAAAGAGACUGAGGUUUCUAUAGUUUAUGUAAUUGUUGUAAAGAAAUGUUUAUUAGUCUGGGUUAUAUUGGGUCAGAAAUGGAGUUUUUUUAAUCAUAAAUCAUUGUUAAAGAUUAACCUCUUCGUCUCUUCUGUGUGAUCACAGUGGGGAAUCAAUUUGGCUAAAAAAUGGUUGCGAUCACUUCAUGAUACAGCCCCUUCUAGGUUGUUUUAUUUCUUGUACGCCUACAAAAUGUAUUUUAAUGGUUUUUAGGGACUUCACAACAUGAUUACUCUAAAGACUUGUUUGUAUAUUUGAUAUAUGAUGAUAAUAUAUAUAAUUCAAAACCAUGUAUGCUUUGACUUUUGUUAGAAAAUUAACGAUAAAAUAAUUUCUCUAUCAACAUUUGCAAUUCCAUGACAAUAUUUUGGCACAUACAAGAAAAAGACCAAGACGAGAGUAAUUGUCCAUGUUGAUCUCAAAAGGGAAAAUCUAAUAGCAAAACC